CCGCCCGCUCGCGCGCUCGCGCGCCCAACGGACCAGGCUGGGGCGGUGAGCUAACUGUUGCAGCCCGCGCGGGAGCUGGGAGGCGACCGGAGCCUCCAGUCCCUAGAGGUGCCCGCAGGAACAGGAGGAGGAGGAGGAGGAGGCGGCCUCCGCCCUCCGGGAGCGAAGCCCCUUCGGUCCCUUUCUUCAGCAGCAUGCCGCGGACGCCGCCGCUCCGCAGCCCGCGCGGCGGUGGGGAUCCCGGGCGGCGGUGGCGGGCGCAGCCCUGACGCGCGCUCGGAACCUUGAACGCGGGGACGCGGUGUGAGGGGCGGGGGGAAAGUCGCCUGAGGUCUGAAACGGGGCUCCCGGAGCCCCGCGGCCGCCCCGAGGCCUCUCUGCCCGGACCCGGGGCCAUGAAGAAGGACGAACGAGACGGGAGAGCCAUGCGGUGCCCGCCGCCGGACGGGGCCGCCUCGCCCCCCGAGAGCCUGCGGAACGGCUACGUGAAAGGCUGCGUGAGCCCGCUGCGCCAGGACCCUCCGCGCGGCUUCUUUUUCCACCUCUGCCGCUUCUGCAACGUGGAGCCGCCGCCGCCGCUGCCGCCGACCUCCCGCCCGCCGCCGCCGCCGCGGCGCGGCUCCCCCUCGGCCCCGGCGCGCCUCUCGCUGGGCGCCCUGGCCGCCUUUGUCCUCGUGCUGCUGCUGCUGCUGCUGCUGCUGCUGGACGCGGGGCCCCAGAGCUGGGCGGCCGGGGCGGCGAGGCUGCGGACGCUGCUGAGCGUGUGCUCGCUCUGCCUCAGCCCGCUCUUCAGCAUCGCCUGUGCCUUCUUCUUCCUCACCUGCUUCCUGACGCGGACCCAGCGGGCGCCGGGCCGCGGCGGCGGCGGCUCCUGGUGGCUGCUGGCCCUGCCCGCCUGCUGUUACCUGGGGGACUUCCUGGCUUGGCAGUGGGGGGCUUGGCCGUGGGGGGACGCGGCUGCGGCCCCGCACACGCCCCCGGCGGGCAGGUUGGUCCUGGUGCUGAGUUGCGUGGGUCUGCUGACGCUCGCGCACCCCGGGAGGCUCGGACACAGCAUCCUGGUGCUGCUCUUCGCCUGCUGCGUCUGGUGGGUGUCGUUCGCCAGCCUCGGGGCGCUGCCUGUCGGGCUCAGGCCGCUGCUCUCCGGCCUGGUCGGGGCCAUCGGCUGCCUGUUAGCUCUUGGCUUGGAUCACUUCUUUCACAUCAGGGAAGCCCCGCAGCAUCCCCGCCUGUCUAGUGCUGCGGAUGAUAAAGUGCCUGUGAUCAGACCCCGCCGGAGGUCCAGCUGCGUGUCCCUGGGAGAAAGCGCGGCCACUUACUAUGGCAGUGGCAAAAUGUUCAGGAGACCUUCUCUGCCUUGUAUCUCGAGAGAACAGAUGAUCCUAUGGGAUUGGGACUUAAAGCAGUGGCAUAAACCUCAUUACCAGAAUUCUGGAGGUGGAAAUGGAAUUGAUCUAUCAGUGCUAAAUGAGGCGCGAAAUAUGGUGUCAGAUCUUCUGGUUGACCCAAGCCUUCCCCCACAAGUUAUUUCUUCUCUACGGAGUAUCAGUAGCUUGAUGGGCGCUUUCUCAGGUUCCUGUAGGCCAAAGAUUAAUCCUCUUACACCAUUUCCUGGAUUUUACCCAUACUCUGAAAUAGAGGAUCCACCCGAGAAAGGAGAUCGAAAAAUUCACAAGGGAAUAAGUAGUAGAAAUAGUUUACCAACUCCACAGAUGAGAAGAAGCUCUGGAACUUCAGGAUUGCUACCUACUGAACAAUCUUCAAGGUGGGAACGGAGUAAUGGCAAAAAGCCUCACCAAGAAUUUAAUAUUCCAAGUCAAGGAUGCUAUCUGAAUGGGCCUUUUAGUUCCAGUUUCUUGACAGUGCCAAAGCAAAGGUCAUCUUCUAUAUCACUGUCUCACCAUGUAGGUCUGAGAAGAGCUGGUGCUUUGCCCAGCUUGAGUCCUAUGAAUUCUCCCAGCUAUGGUCCAGUGUCUUCUGGCUCUCUAACUAAUCGAUCACCCAUAGAAUUUCCUGAUACAGCUGAUUUCCUUUCUAAGCCAAGUGUUGUUUUACAUAGAUCUCUGGGUAAUGUACCCAGUACACCAGAUUUUAAUCAGUACUGUAGAAAUUCUGAUAGCAAUCUGUGUAACAGCUGCGGACAUCAAAUACUAAAAUAUGUUUCAACAUGUGAAUUGGAUGGUACAGACCACUAUAGUGGAAAAUCAGGUGCAGAAGACAACCGUGUUUUUUUGAAAGAACCAUUCAACCUUACAGAAAUUCAGCAGGAAGAGGAAACAGAGAAGAGAGAUUGCAGAAAAUUAUUUUUGGAAGGUGAUAAUCGCCUAACGGAAGAGGCACAGCAACCAAAUAUUGAACAAGAUGCAUCACUGGACCUGAUGUUAGUAGAAGAUUAUGACUCAUUAAUAGAAAAGAUGAGUAAUUGGAAUUUUCAAAUUUUUGAGCUUGCAGAAAAGAUGGGGGAAAAAUCAGGAAGGAUUCUCAGUCAGGCUAUGUAUACCUUAUUUCAAGACACUAGUCUAUUGGAAAUAUUUAAGAUUCCCACUCAAGAAUUCAUGAACUAUUUUCGUGCAUUAGAAAAUGGCUAUCGUGACAUUCCAUAUCAUAAUCGUAUACAUGCCACAGAUGUCCUACAUGCAGUUUGGUAUCUGACAACACGGCCAAUUCCAGGCUUACAACAGAUCCAUAACAAUCAUGAAACAGGAAAUGAAACAGAUUCUGAUGGUAGAGUUACUCGUGGGCAAAUUGCUUACAUUUCUUCAAAGAGCUGCUCAAUUCCAGAUGAGAGUUAUGGCUGCCUGUCUUCAAACAUUCCUGCAUUAGAAUUGAUGGCUUUGUAUGUGGCAGCUGCCAUGCAUGAUUAUGAUCACCCAGGGAGAACAAAUGCAUUUCUUGUGGCUACAAAUGCACCUCAGGCAGUUCUGUACAAUGAUAGAUCUGUUCUAGAAAAUCAUCAUGCUGCAUCAGCUUGGAAUCUAUAUCUUUCUCGACCAGAAUACAACUUCCUUCUUAAUCUUGAUCAUGUGGAAUUCAAGCGUUUUCGAUUUUUAGUCAUUGAAGCAAUCCUUGCCACAGAUCUUAAAAAGCAUUUUGACUUUCUUGCUGAAUUCAAUGCCAAGGCUAAUGAUGUCAAUAGUAAUGGUAUAGAAUGGAACAGUGAAAAUGAUCGCCUCUUAGUCUGCCAGGUGUGCAUCAAAUUAGCAGAUAUAAAUGGCCCAGCAAAAGUUCGGGAUUUGCAUUUGAAAUGGACUGAAGGCAUUGUUAAUGAAUUUUAUGAGCAGGGAGAUGAAGAAGCAAAUCUUGGUCUACCCAUCAGUCCCUUUAUGGAUCGUUCUUCUCCUCAACUAGCAAAACUCCAAGAAUCCUUUAUCACCCACAUUGUGGGUCCUCUAUGCAACUCCUAUGAUGCUGCUGGUUUGCUACCAGGUCAGUGGAUAGAAGGAGAGGAUGAUGAUGACACUGAAAGUGGUGAUGAUGAAGAUGGUGAAGAAUUAGAUACAGAUGAUGAAGACAUGGGAGACAAUCUAAUUCCUAAGCCACAAAGAAGGAAAGGCAGGCGGCGAAUAUUUUGUCAGCUAAUGCACCACCUCUCUGAAAACCACAAGAUAUGGAAGGAAAUCAUAGAGGAAGAAGAAAAAUGUAAAGUUGAGGGGGAUAAACUACAGGUGGAGAACACAUUACCUCAAGCAGAUGAGAUUCAGGUCAUUGAAGAAGCAGAUGAAGAGGAAGAGCCACAGUUUGAAUAAAAGGAGAAUCAUACUAAAGCAGCCUGGAGGGCUGUUCCCAGGGUCAGAAAUCAUUACCUAAUGUUCACUGUGCUGACUUUCAACUGACCAUUCCCAUGUGGACCAGCCUUAAUACUGUGAGAGGAUCCUUGCUGUUCUGGCAGGUUCCCACUCCUAAGCACUUUCACCAAAUGGACUACAAAAUUAUUCAUAGAGCUAGGCUUCAUUUGGCCUCUGUUGCAAAGUCCUCCCUUGAAGUCUUCACUGGUGUAUAAAUACUUUGUGAUAAUGCUGCUUUGCAGGGUAGUGAGCUCUCAUUUUCCAAGGGGAUGGGAGGCUGUAACUAUAAACUCUCAAGUGACUUAUUUCAGUUUCCAAAGUGGCCAGAACUUUCUGCUUUUAUGAAAACAGGAUUCAUACAGUAUUUCCAAAUGCAUCUUUUAUGUCUUUGUAUUUUUUUAAGUCUAUACCUAUCUAAAAAAUGAAUCCAUUGUGGCCUUUUUGAGGGAUUUCUGCUCACGGCAGUAUACUGCUCAGUGCUGUUAUCCCAGCUAGGUUUAUCCAUGAAGGACUGAGUAACCUUUGUUAUAUUUAACAAAAUCCAGGUGCAUCAAUUUCUGAUGCUUUUUAUUGCUGUGUAUUAUCUACUACAUGUUUAUUUUUGCUCAGAGUAUUCAGGUUUGCCAUGGACAUCAGAAGUCAGAAUUGUAGUGUUACUGAUUUUUAUGAUCCAUGGUUGAAUUUUAAAUCUGUUUAAUAAUGAAGGAAUUUUGUUCUUUAGUCAAAACUGUUCUUUUACUCUUGCUCAGGAUUAGUGUUAUAAACAUUGAAUUGUUAUAAACAUGGCAUAGAUUUGCCAGAAGAAAAAAGUUGUCCUAAUGUUAAUGUUAACUUUUUAUGAAUAAGUAUCACUUUGUCUUCUUGGAUGAAUGUGAGACUAAUUAAAGACAAGGAAAAGGAAUCUGUCUUUUGCUUUCAUGAAAAAGUGAAAUGAAACGAAUAUCAUCAAAGAUAAAAGUAAUAUGAUGAGCUCUGAAAGACAUAUACAUUGAAUAAUUAGAAUAUGUGGCAAUAUUAUAUCCAUAUUUUAGGUGUAAAGUGUUUGGUAACUAUAAACUUAUACUCAUCUAUUAGAUUUUUUUAUGCCUCAGAACUACAUGACAGAAAUGACCUACCAGUACUUAAUCAUUUUGGAGCCCAAUUGUAAACCUGAUUUCGGAGAUAAAGUAAAUAAUGGGAAUACUUAAUUUUUAUAUAAAAUCUGAGUAGUUUGGUAAAUUAUUUCACACAAAAGCAUAUAAAAAUGAUAUUAAGAUGGCUGUACAGAAAUCGAUUUAUAAUAUUGAUAUAGUUGUUAAGGUGGUGAUAUGUACCCUAGUUGUGAAAAAAAUAUUUACUGUUACAAAGAACAACCAACAUAAUACCAAGAUGGUAAACCUAAUACUUUUCAUUAUCCAUCAAGACCACAUAUUUUGGAAUCAUGCAGCUUUGAAGACAGUAAACCGUUGAUUUUCAAGGUAGUUAACUUAAAGUGUGAUAUUGGCAGUUUUUUUAACCUAACUACAAUAUAUAGGUUAUCUGAAAGAUCUCAAAGCUCUUUUGAGCUGGGUAUGGUGGUGUAUAUAUAUAAUCCUAGUACAUAGGAGGUAGAGGCCCAAGAAUUGAAAGGUUGAGGCUACUUCAACCUCUAUAAGUGAGUGAAUCACUAAGCUUUAUUUAUUAAAUGUGUUGAAUGUUGCUGAAUUCUUUCCUGCUAGUUUUGCUGCCAUUGCCACACAGUUUGUAAACUAAUAUAUUACUGAAUAAUAAAAUUUUAACCAAUAAUA